AUGAUGGAGGAGUACACGAAAUACCUGGCGGACCGCCUCUUCACUGAGGAUAAGAUGGUCACCUAUCGAACUCUCAGCCGUGCUCUCAAGGUCCACGUCAACACCGCCAAGGGUAGUAGAAUGCUUUACGAAUUUCACAAGUCGCAGAAUGCGACGACGCCUGGCAAGGUCCAUGCCACGUAUCUGGUCUACGGCACCAAGUCAGCAGGUGUCCAGGAGGAUGGCGACCACGAGAUGACCAGCUCACCGCCAGAAAUGGAUGCCAUGGGAGACGACGUUCCCACGCACACAUUGACCCUGGUCCACGAGGACCGUCUCACUGAUGUCUUGGCCACGUACGAGGAAGUGACCUCUUUCCAGGUGUACAGCCUGGCCCCCUUCCCCAACAAGGAAUACCAGCUUCUGUCCGACGUGACGCGUGAGCUGUUGCAAUACUCUUACGAGGACCCCGUCGCCAUGGCCUCUACGUACGGCUCCGUCACGAAUCCAAACAUGAAGAGGCGCGAGCGCAAGAGCAGGCCGCAGGCCCAGCCGGCGCCAAAGCCCGCCGAGAAGAAAGCCCCAGCGGCGGCGGCGGCGCCCAGCCCGGCGCCCGAGGUCAAGGAGGAGACCAAGCCGGCGGCGGCCAGAGACAUGUUUGCCAAAAAGGCGGGCGCAGCGGCGGCCAAGGCCUCGAAGGGAGGCUCCAAGCCGUCGUCCAACGCGUCCACGCCCAAACCGGUCGACUCGCCCGCGCUGUCGGAUGACGGCGAAGACGACGAAGACCCGCUGCCUGCGCCGAAGAGGGCUGCUGCAGAAGGGGGCCGCAAAUCUCGACAGGACCGCGAGGCGGCCCUCCGGCAGAUGAUGGAGGAGAGCGAGGACGAGCCAGAGGACGAGGAGGACAAGGAUGAGGAGGAGGAGGAAGCGGCGGCAGACGAGCCGAUGGAGGACGUGCACGAGCCAGCGCUCGACAGGAAGACUGACAUCCCGGCCAGGCAAUCUGAAGAGGUCGUGGCGAGCACAGGCGACGGGCGGCGUCGCGGCAAGCGGCGCGUCAUGAAAAAGACACAGACGGUGGACAAGGAGGGUUAUUUCGUCACGACGCAAGAAGAAGCCUGGGAGUCAUUCUCGGAAGACGAGCCCGCGCCUCGAGCGCCUGCACUCGCCAAGGUGGCUGCGGCGCCGAGCUCUGGGACGCAGCCCAAGGCGAAGAAGGCAGCGCCCAAGGGCCAGGGCAACAUUAUGUCUUUCUUUUCAAAGAAGUGA